GUCGAUUAUUUCAUUGAUUCAUCGGACAGUGAAUUAAGUCAGGGCACACGCACCAUCACACAUCUGGCCAUCGGGUCAGACAAAAAGAUAAACUGACUGACUAUAGCUCCGAUCGUUGGCCAACGCACGGAUGCUCCAUCCAUCCAGCCGCCCACCGCCCACCCACAUGGAGCCCAUAAAAAGGUCAGAAAGACACACAGCCUACGCCAUCGCCAGCCCAGAGCAGUCCAGCCCCCCACGCCGCACCCGCCCACCAUCUGAUUGAUCCAUCUGAUUGAUGGAUGGAUGCAAGCAUGCAUGGCCUUUCCACCCAACCACACCCUGCUCACACACGGGUUAUGAACCCAGGCGCCACACCCCCAGGCGGCACACUUGGCUGCACACCCCCAGGCGGCACACCAGGCUGCGGCACACCUACCGCCACACCGCCGGGCUGCUGCACCGACAUCUGCACCCCCUGGGCCGGCGCCUGGGCCGGGUGCUGAUACGCAUACUGAUACCGUGGCAAUAACACGGCUGACAUGGGCCGUGGCUGCCGGAAAUCACAGCAGCAAAAGCGGAGCAGACAGAUGCCCAUCACGACAAGGCCCACUCCAAAAGCCGCUGCCCCAGCUGCCAUGGCACUCGUCCCGUCAGAUUUCUGAGCCUUGACAUCUUGCUCAGGGUUGAAGAUCUUGUAGCAAUGCGGCUUGUUGCCGCAUCGGUACCACCAAGCGACAUCCCCCUUGCCGUCCCUAAUCCUCCAGCAGUCCACAACUUGGCCUUUCUCAAACGUCUCCAGAUGCAGCGUCUGGACUGGACAGGAGCCGUCACGGCCGGGCUGUGACUUCGUCUCGGUAAUCGAGGUGUAGGGCCCAAGAAUGCCGGCCAUGAAGCUGUACGUGUACUUGUCUUCGCAGGUGACGUCAUUGUUGUCUCUGCCGCCACUUAUAGUCAUGUUCACCUCGAUGUCUAUGAUGGUGCACACUCGGCCGAGGGCUUCGAAAUCAUCAUUGGGGUUGAGGGCGUCCGCCUGGAUCUUCCGACUCGCGCCGACAGAGUAGAGGAGUACACCAAAGAUGCUGAAACAGACAGCGCUGAUGCAACAGACAACGUCCAGCCAUUGCCGCCGGGUAAGACCACACGGUGCCCACCAGCCUUGGGUCCCGGAGAACGUCGUCCACACGCACAUACUGCUGACGGAAAGUACUGCUGCACCAGCGCACUCCAGGGGGAGCCUUCCUGUCUUCUCUCGAGGGGAAGGAGGGAGAGAAC